UUUUAAAGUUAAAAGCUCAGACAUAGUUAAAGUUUUGAUAUCUUUUCAAGAUAUAAAUGUUAAAAAGGUGAUGUAUUCCAUACAUUUUUCUCCGAUGGACUAUUGAAAUUCAAAUGAAACGAGUUGUAUCCCAAUAAACAUCUCCUUCCAUGAAAUAUUAAAAUGCAACCGCUGUCACGUGGAAUGAAUAUUCAAUGUACUUUCGAUAAAGUAAUUGGAAUAAGUUCGAAGCUGAAUGUCCUACAACUCCCGAAUGUUUUCAUCCACCAACAAGUAAAAAAUUUAUGUUUAUCACAAGUUGCCCUCAUCGCUCUUCACUUUAUUUCAAAAGGCAGUGGGGCCCAAACGGCGCCACAACACGGAAUAGGUGGAUUGAGGGUCACAUUUCUUCUACAGGGGCCGACGAUCGCCGGUGAUCGCGCAGGAUUGCAUACUUUCAUCGUCUAGCGAGCAGAGCGAUUCAAGUUUUGUUCCGCGCUCCUGUACAAAUUCAUUUAGACCGGUUCGGGCAUUUGAUCUAAUCUGAAUUGGGCUUGAUACAUCGGACACAUAGGCCACCAGCUGCAUAACUUGAAGAUGAACUCGCUGAAGGAGGUGUACAGUAACAGAUGGACUGCAUGGUGGAGGAGAAAUUCAACGGCCUUGCAGGUCGCUGCGUCAAUUUCGUGCAAUGUCGCGUACUUCGCGGAGACCGGUUAUACGCGUACGGCCACGAUGCUCUCGAUAGUUUCGCUGGGUGGUGCUACCUUGUAUUAUAUUUCUAAACGUCGAUUGAAAAUAAAACCACAAGAUCUCAUUGUUAUAACCGGUUGCAAUUCCGGUCUGGGCUACAGCCUGGCGAUGCACUGUCGCGCUAAGGGCGCGACGGUUUUGGCCGGAGUGCGCGAAACAGGUGUGAUAUCAAGUACAAACGCUGCCAUUAAAUCGUUAAGGGAUGAAGGUAUCAUCGUUCAGGAUCUCGAUAUCACGAAUGAAGACUCCGUCUGCAAAUUUGGGAAAAGAGUCAAGGAAACGAUGGAGGAACGGCAAUUAAUGCUACGUGCGUUGGUGAAUAACGCGGGAGUGAUGGUGUUCGGCGAGUUUGAGUGGCAGACGCAGGCUCACGCGAACUUUCAAAUAAAUGUCAAUGUCUUGGGAACGAUGAGAAUCACGAAGGAAUUGAUGCCGAUCAUACGGCAAAAUGGUGGCAGAAUUAUCGUAAUGUCCAGCCACUGUUCCGCUGAACCCUUGCCGGGUGUAAGUAUUUACUCGGCAACAAAAGCCGCCAUUGACGCGUGGAUCACUGCUCUUCGGAUAGAAGUCGGCAAAUACGGCGUCAAUGUAGUUUCCUUUAUACCUGGUGGUUUUGUGACACAAAGUAAUAUCAUGAGAAACCAACGAUUGUACUUUGACGAAAUGGAACAACACAUGUCGGAUGAAGUGAAGCAAUUUUAUGGCAAUUAUUUCACUCGAUAUGCCAAGUACCUUUCCCAGGCAAGUCUGCCAUCCAACAAUGAAGAUGAUGUGAAAGUUUUGACGAAUCCGAGAAUCUAUGAAACCUUUGAUGGCGCUCUUUUAGAUGUCUAUCCUUCGGCAACUUACAGGUGCGAAUCAUGGAGAUAUUUCUUUUAUAGAAUUUUAUUUAGAAGUACACCGACAUGGAUACGUGAUCGAUUGGUACCACGCUUCGUUGGUACACCAUCCUGGCAAAUCAAUAAACAAUAAAUCAUUAUUCUCUCUUUCUCUCUUAUUAUUUUAUUAAAUGAUUUUUACUUUUUUAAUAUCCAAUUUUCUUAUAUUUCGCU